GUGCUUGAUUACAUAAGGCCUCUUCAGCUUCCAUGAAGUGGGUACCGGAACGAGUGCCGGCCACGUGCCGGAGCUCUCGUCGUAGCUCCGGCAUACGUUGGAAAAUGUCCAAGACAUCUGAGGUAUUUGCGAGUAACUUGGCAAAAGACUCAUUACGAUAAAUACCGGAUGAUGUCCCCGAUGCUCUACAUCACAUCUACAGCAAGUCUCAAAGUAACCGGCAUCACUACCACCCUUUCGACGUUAUAUAAAAGCCCAAAUACGAACGUGACAACAUGUCAACUACUCAGAGCUCGAACCCGCCUCUCCUGGAUCACAUCGUGAUCCUGGUCCCCCACCAAGUCCUCGCCUCCCUACCCACUUGGCUCUCAACCGAAUUCACCAUCCUCACAGGUGGUCGCCACGCCGACGGCCUCACAGAGAACAAGCUCGUCAUCUUCGCUGAUGGCACCUACCUGGAAAUCAUCUCCUUCGUCGCGGGCAUCAGCCGGGAAGACCGCCUCAAGCACAAGUGGGGUCCGAAACCGGACGGCACCAUCAUCGACUGGGCCUACUCCCUCAAGGACGAGUCCGGCUUCGCCGAGAUCCAGAAGCGGGUGCACGCCUCGCAAUCUUUGGCCGUGUACGAGGAUCCUGUGCCUGGCGGGCGCAUCAGGCCUGAUGGCGAAGAGCUGAAGUGGGCCGUUGCGCUCCCGGACGGUGCUGCCGCCGGAGCCGGAGCCGGAAAAGUGGAGAGGGGCGAGUUGCCGUUUUGGUGCUUUGACCGGACGCCUCGCAAGCUUCGCGUGCCGGAUCACGUUCCGGAGAAUGUAAAGCACCCAAAUGGAUCGCUUGGAGUCCACUCAGUGUCGAUCGAUGUCAGUAGCGAGGAUUUCAAGAAGGCGUAUGCCGGUAUCAACGACCGGGCGGCGGAGGAGGGUGGCGACGCUGUCGGACGGUGGACGUUUGAUGUCCCCGUUCGUCAGUUUGAAGAUCCUAGGUAUCUCAACAUCGAAACCGUCUCUAAUGAGAAGGGGCCUAGAAAAGCUAUCCGCUUCGCUCUGUACACCGCUGCGGGUACGGGGAAGCGGUCGAUUGGUGGCGACCUUGGCGGAGGUGUCUCUGUUGAGAUUGAUUUAAUUCCUGUAUCUGGUGGAUCCUCCUGAGCGUCCAGAAUCAAGGGUUAGGAAGACUUGAGACAUGGUUAUGCAACACACGUAACUAAGUACUUGUUUUAUUUGUCCUUAUAAGGAAAACUUUUGUCAACUUGAUCAUGGGAACAAAGAUUCAAACGGUCGAGACACUGCCAGGUCCCGAAAUGUAGCUAAGCUUGAGGAAAAGAGUUAAACACCACACUAGCUUCUGAAGCCGAUAAUACACCCGCCUACCAUUGACCG